AUUGUUAUUAUUAUUAUUAUACUCGUUGUUUAUUUAUCUACUUUUACAUACUUCAAAUAAACGGAUUAUUAUAAUCGUGUUUAACAACUUGGAAAAAAUAACUCAUGCCUUGAAUGUUUUUUUUUAUUUCACCAACAUCCGUAUAGAAGUAAUAUAUCCAAUUUUUUUUCGUUUCUUUUCGUUCCCCUGCCCCCCAAAAAAUAAAAUUGACAAAUGAAAUUAAAAACAAAUUACAUUGUAAUAACAAUAAUAAUAAUACAAUUAUUUGUUAAUACAUAUGCAUUUAUUAAUAAAUCAUUAAAUAUUCAAUUAAAAAUUGAUGAAGAAUCACCAUUACAUACAACCGUUGGAAAUAUUACAUCAUAUUUAUUUAAAAAAUCUAAAAUUACAUCCGAUUCAAUCUAUUUUACAAUAACACCAAAUGGUUUAAUUCAAUUAAUAAAACGUUUAGAUAUAGAAUCAUUAUGUAUAGAACAAUUAUUAUGUUGUGAAUAUAAUAAACCAUGUGAAUUAAUAUCAAAUAUAAUCAUAGAAGGUAUGAAUACUAAUGAAUUACAAUUAUUAGAAUUAAAUGUUAUUGUACAAGAUAUAAAUGAUCAUAAACCACAAUUUAUAAAUGGUAAUGAACAAAUAAUAAAAAUAUCUGAAUUAUCUGAAAUUGGUACAAUAUUAAAUGUAAUACCAGCUAUUGAUUUAGAUAUAUCACCAGAGAAUCAAAUACAACAAUAUACAAUACAUGGGAUAGAAUUAAAACAACAUUUUGAAUUAGAUAUAAAUAAUUUACCAAAUAUCUAUUUACGUUUAAUUCAAUUAUUAGAUUAUGAAUUAAUUAAACAUUAUAAUGGAAUAAUUGAAGCAUGUGAUAAACGUUAUUGUAUACAACAAAAUUUAACAAUACAAGUUAUUGAUGCAAAUGAUAAUAAACCAUUAUUUUUAAAACAUUCAUAUGAAUUAACUAUACCAGAAAAUUUUAGUGUUGGUCAAACAAUUUUAAUAUUUAAUGCAAUUGAUAAAGAUUCUGAUAUAAAUGCACGAAUGAAUUAUCAAUUACAAGAUAAUAUGGAUAUUAAUUUAAAGAAAACAUUUCGUUUAGAUAGUCAUUCUGGUCAUUUAAUAUUACAAUCACGUUUAGCUGCACAUCAACGUUCAGAAUAUCGUUUUAUAGUAACUGUAAGUGAAGUAUUAAAUAAUCAAAUACAAUCUGGUGAUAUUACAUCAUCAUCGUCAUCAUCAUCAACAUCAUCAUUAUUAUCUAGAAUACCAGUUACACCAAGCGAUACAGCAAAUGUUGUAAUCACUGUACAAGAUUUAAAUGAUUUUAGUCCAUCAAUUAAAAUGAUUUCACCAAUGGAAGGUAAAUCAUUAUCUAUAUUAGAAAAUUCUGAACAUAUACGUGUUUGUGUAUUACAAGUUACAGAUAAUGAUUUAUAUGAUAAUGGUCGAGUACAAUGUCAUCUUGUAUCGAAUACACUUGAAUUAUCUAAUAAUUUAAUAAAUUCUACUAAUAUUGAUUCAUUUGAAUUGACACAAACUGGAAAUCAUUAUACUUUAUUAACAACAAGAUCAUUUGAUGCUGAAUUAGAACCACAUAUAAUAGUGAAUAUUGCAUGUACAGAUUAUGGUAUACCACCACGUUCAUCUAGUCGUGAACUUAUGAUAAACAUUGAUGAUGUUAAUGAAUAUCCACCUGAAUUAGAACGAAUUAAUUAUCAUGCUAGUAUAAUGGAAAAUGUUAAAUCUGGUGUAGAAGUUGUACAAAUCAUUGCACAUGAUAGAGAUCAAGCUGCUAAAUUGACAUAUGAAUUGAGUAGUGAAGGGAAACAAUAUUUCACUAUUGAUCCUAUUACUGGUGUAAUAACUACAUUAGGAGGUGAUGAGAAAGAUGAAAACGGUAAUUUACAUAGUUUCAGUUUACUUGAUCGUGAGAAAACAGAGAAAAUCACUUUCUCAGUAUGUGUUACUGAUGGUACACCAACAAAUGGUUGUGGUAUUAUUUCUUUAGAUCAUAAUUCUCAAGUUAACAAAGAAGGAAUAAGACAAAAACAUUUACAACAAUCAGUUGAUACUUCUAAUGAUGAUAUUGUCCAUCCAAUAUUUACGGCUUCCGCUACUGUGUUUGUCACAAUUUUAGAUGUUAAUGAUAAUGAGCCACAAUUUAUAACGAAAGGACCUUUUUCGAUCCAUGAAAAUCAACCACGUUUUACUCAAAUCAAUGGACGUCUUACAGCACUCGAUGCAGAUGCAGGAGAAAAUGGACAUGUCCGAUACAGUCUUCGUCAUAUUUGGAAUAGUGCAACUGGUAUCCUUUCACCUGAUCUAUUUGAAGUUGACUCUGAAGGUCAUAUUAGAACAAUGGAAGUAUUAGAUCGUGAACAAAUUAAUGCAUAUACAUUAGAAAUUGUUGCUUGUGAUUCAGCAUCACUUAAUCCACUCUGCACAGAACUGAAUGUUACAGUAACAGUAUUAGAUGAAAAUGAUAAUAAACCUGAAUGGCAUUAUCCUCAUGCUCGUGAUAAAGAAGUUAAUAUUACAUCUGAUUUACCUCCGGGUAGAAUAGUUGCUCGUAUAUUGGCCAUGGAUUUAGAUGCUGGAGAAAAUGGACGAGUAGUUUAUUCACUAAUUGAUCCACAUAGACGAACUGUAUUUCAAAUUGAUAAUGUUACUGGAGAGAUUUCAGUUGUAAAGAAUAAUUUGAAUGAAAUGAUACGAAAUGGAGAAAGUCCAUAUACAUUAGAUGAUUCCGUUGAGUCUACUCCAUUGCUUCCCGGUGUGUAUCGACUUCGUUUGCGUGCUUCAGAUAUGGGACAUCCUGAACAGGCUACAGAAACUUGGCUUCAGGUCAAUGUAUUUGGUUCAGAUUCAAUAACAAACGCGGGUUUAAACUUUAUGAUUAUCAUAGUGAUGAUUGCAAUAACUGGUCUAAUCUCGGUUUGUCUUGUGGUUGCCAUUAUUUGUGUUCGUAGACGAUCUUCACUACAAUGGAAUCGACCACAAGCAUAUCCACAGGCGAAUGGCUUCCAUAGAGGAAGAAGUGCAGGGGAUGGAGCUGAGGGUUCAAUGUUCCCAUUGAAACAUGAGUAUAAUCAUCCAUUAGAGGGUACUGGUUAUAUGAUGAGUAUUAGUCCGACUCCUUCUGAUUUGGAUGCACUUAAAUUAGGAUAUCAAACUAACGGAGGUAAUUAUUUGGAUACUUUGCACUCAGCCUCUGAUAUGCACCCUUAUGGUUGGAAUAAUCCUAAUUCCCCUCCUGGAGCGUACUAUUCUGCCGGCUCAGGCCCCGGAGGUAUAAAUACCACUAAAAAUUAUCCUUUCUGCUCUCUUCCUAUGGAUCAAAAUAUCUCAAACCCAAUGGGAACACUUCAUUUGCCUUUAUAUGCUCCAGCUAAUCGAAUUACUCCUACAUUCCCAGCUGAAUCGGGCACCUUUAUGCGUUAUCCAGCAUACAAUGUACAAUCGCAUUUAGUAGGAACAUCUUCAUGUCUAAACUUUUCUCCUUGUUCAGUAAGUGGUACUGAUCAAAUCACUGCACAUACAAGUGCUGUAUCAAGUUUUACAGAAGUACCAGGUGAUUCAACAGUCACGACAACAACAUCACCAACAGUCGGACAAACGUUGGAUGAGUUAAGAGAAACAGAAAUAUGCAACUUAGGCUCUUGUGAUUCAAGGGAUCCUUGUGAAUGUGAACAGAAUGCUCCUUCAGCUCCGAGACAAAUGUAUACACCUUUAAUAAUAGGUACCAAUAAUGGAAUAGGAUGUUGUUAUACUACAUCUAAUCGUCGAAUUCAAAAUGGAAAUAUUCAUUGUGAACUUGAUGUGGAAUCAGCUGAUUCUGGACGUGGAGCUAGUGAAGAUGAUCCAAGUCAAUUAGGUGGACAAUUUAUGCAUUUUAUCCUACAUGUCAUGUAUCUAAUUUACAACAUCCAACAACAAUUACUCAUAUAAAUAAUUCAUCAUCUAUUAAUAUAAAUGGAACAACAACAUUAACAUGUGUACAAAAUAUGAAAGGAAAUGAUAAUUCAACAAAUAAUUCUUCUAGUAUUGUUAUUUUACCCGGUGGAAUAAUCAAUGAAAAUUGUUCUAGUGUUGGCAGUGAACAAUCAAAAUUAAAUUGGAAUACUAAUGACGUUGUUCGUCGAUUAAAAUUAUAAAAAAAAAACAACAUCAGAAGUUGAAUAUUGAUUUUAAAUUGUUUAGGUUCAAAUAAACUUUACUCAAACUUGUUUCUAUGUAUCAUAUUUAUAUUUCACUCUUUUCUAUCUAUUUACAUGUUUGUUUCUCUCUCUUUCACAGUAUCUAUCUAUUUCGUUCCUUUUUUUUUGGUGAUUUUUCUUGUCAGUCAAUAUGAAAAUGUUUUAUUUUCAACGUGGUUUUUCUUUUUACAAAGUUCUUAUGUCAAAUGUAAAAAACUAUACGUUUAAUCCUCCAUCAAUUAUCUCAAACUUCAUCAUUCCAUCAAUGCCACCAUAACAAUUACUCUUUGUUCCUGUUCUCUUCAAUUUGAUCUUCUUAAUCAUCUGCUAUCAGGGUAUUCCGCUUCUGGCAGAUGUUAUAUAUUAUUUAGGUCGAUAUAAGUAACAUACACCAAGUACUUACCAUUAGGUCGAAAGAAAUACUCCAAGUAAUAAUAAUAAUAAUAAGGUUCGGUUUAGUUAUAUAAAUUAUUCAGCUUUCAAAAAUAAUAUUAAAAAUUUAACCGUUUGCUG